AUGACUAUUGUUUAUAGAUAUGUUCCCGAGGGAAAUAUGACGUCAUGUGGUACGGAUUACGUUUCCGACGACUGGUUCGGAAAAUCUUACAUACUCGUGUAUUCUAUAUUUGUAUACUAUACGCCGCUAUUUUCAAUAAUUUUCUGCUAUUAUCACAUAGUUUCGGCAGUUGCAGCCCAUGAAAAAGGAAUGCGGGAACAGGCAAAGAAGAUGGGCGUUGCUUCGCUACGUUCUGGGGAACAAAGCGGUGGUGUAAGCGCAGAAGCAAAAUUGGCAAAGGUUGCUCUCACUACUAUAUCUUUAUGGUUUAUGGCAUGGACGCCGUACUUGGUUACCAAUUACAUGGGAAUAUUUGCAAAACGAUUCGUAACACCUCUGGCUACCAUAUGGGCUUCGCUUUUUGCCAAGACCAACGCCUGUUACAAUCCAGUCGUUUAUGCAUGCAGCCAUCCAAAGUACAGAAUAGGAUUGAAAGCACGAUGUCCUUGUUUGCACUUGGGAGAGGAUGAAGAGAAACCGGCUGAGAAAAAAGCUGCCUCAGCCCCAGCUGCAGAUGCCACUUCUAAUGCUAGCAAAGCGUAAUCAUCCUGGUCAACUGAUAGAUUUAGCUUAUACAUGAGCAAAAAAUAUUUUUU